GCUUCGCUAAACACUCGCCGGGCGGCGCUACGUGCCGCGGAGGAAUCGCAAUGGCGCAGCGCCGUCAGCUGAUGGAGCAGCCUUCCCGUGGUCAGUUAUAGCUCUGGUUAUAGUCAUUUACUCGUGACGUUGCAUCUUUCGCCCCACUCCGACUGCCGAGCUUUUUUUCCAUCUCUCUCGUGCCCAUGGAUAUAGCAUGCACGAGGACGUUCUUAUGAGUGAAAUAUUCGUGAGUCUCUCCUUGGUUCCCUCACCUCCCACCUCAACGGGGCUUCAAGAAAGAAGUUCACCUAACCUCAACUAGAGCGCGCGCCACACCGUUGCUCGCGCCGGUCGCCUCGUAACGUAAAUAGUUGUAUAACCUCUCGCGUUCCUUUCCGAGAGAGAAAGUGUGGAGUUUCGGUGGCCCAAGAUUUUCGAAAUUCGAGGUUAAUAUGCUCGCCCUAAAGAUCGCGCGGCGCGUGCUCAGCGUCAGGAAUUUUGCCACGUCACCGGAGGAAAUUGGAAAACUUGUGAAGAAAAGCAAGGUUGUCGUCUUUAUGAAGGGAGUUCCGGAACAACCCAAGUGCGGCUUCAGCAAUGCAGUAGUGCAGAUCUUGCGAAUGCACGGUGUCACUUAUGAAGCGCAUGAUGUUCUUCAGGACGAGGAGCUUAGACAAGGAAUCAAGGAGUUUUCCAAUUGGCCAACGAUACCACAGGUGUUCAUCGAUGGAGACUUUGUUGGCGGUUGCGAUAUACUUCUUCAAAUGCAUCAAAAUGGUGAUUUAGUGAACGAGCUGAAGAAAGCUGGCAUCAGCAGUGCCCUGCUGGAAAAAACGGAGGCAUCUUCGGAGGCUGCUACCAAAAAGUCGACAAAGUGAUUUAAGAGCGCAUGUAAAUAUUUGAUAUAUAUGUUAAUUUGUUCCUAGUCAAAUUCUUUAAAGAUAAUGCCGUUAACUACGUAUGUACAAAUUUACAUACCGUCAGCCACUGGUGUUACAACUUAA